CUUUUUCUUUUUGUUUAUCAUCAUCAUCCCUUGAUGCUCACUGCUCAUUUUCUCUCUCUCUAAACUUUUUUUUCUCUCUCUAGCACGGUUAACCGGAAAACAUACAGCAAUGGCGAAAAUGAUGAUGAUGUUGGCACUAUGCGUGCUCCUGCCGGCGGUGAUUAACGCCGGUCGUCCGAUGUCCCGUCCUUUCCGAUUAGAAGGCAGAGUAUACUGCGAUACUUGUCGUGCUGGUUUCGAGACUUCCGCCACCACAUACAUUCCCCGUGCUACGGUUAGGGUGGAAUGCAAGGAUAAGGAACAGAAACUUCUGUAUAGCAUGGAUGGAACAACCGACUCGACCGGAACAUACCACAUUCUUGUGAACGAAGAACAUGGAGCAGACGAGAUCUGUGAUGUGGUUCUUGUGAGCAGCCCAAUGGGUGGGUGCAUGACGGCUGACCCAAGCCGUAACCGUGCCCGUGUUGUUCUCACCUCCUACAAUGGGAUUGUCUCCGACAAGCGUUUUGCCAAUGCCAUGGGUUUCAUGAGGGAUGAGAUCAUGUCCGGUUGCACAACACUUCUCCAAUCACUCAUGGAAGAAGAGAAUUAGAUUUGAGAAAAAUGUUGCCAGAAAUUGAUAUAUUAUCUACAUAUUUAUUAUUUGUGGUGGAAUUGAACUCUAAUAUUUGAACUUCGAAGUAUUCUUUUGUUUGUAGUUUAUAUGGACUAUGGAGAUUACUGUGUGUGUGGGGUGAUUGGUAUGAACCACUUGUGUUUAUGGCUGCA